AUGGGAGCCUGUCACUUUCAGGGUCUGCUGCUCUUCUUUCUUGUAGGAGCUCCGACCUUGAUCAUGGCACAGAAAUUGUUUUGUCAAAAGGGUACUUUUGUGGGUAUCCAAGAGGAUCGAGCAAACACGUUCAACUGGACCUCAAAGAAAGUUGAGACUUGUGACAAUGGGGCAUUGUGCCAGGAAACCAUCCUGCUGAUCAGAGCUGGGACCAAGGCAGCUAUUUUGGCCACUAAGAGCUGCAGCUUGGAUGGGACACCGGCAAUAACAUUUAUCCAGCAUGCUGCAGCCCCGGGCCUAGUUGCAAUCUCUUACAGUAACUACUGCGAGGAUCCCUUUUGCAAUAACAGAGAGGGAUUAUAUGAUAUAUGGAGGACACAAGAGACUGAAGAAGAAACCCAAGGGACAACAGGCCUCCGCUGCCCCACCUGUCUGGCUCUGGGAUCCUGUUUGAGUGCUCCUUCUCUUGCCUGCCCCAACGAUACAGAUCGAUGCUAUCAAGGGAAACUUGAGGUCUCUGAAGGAAACAUCAACUCAGUUUUGGAGAUCAAAGGCUGUACAUCCAUCAUUGGUUGCAGGCUGAUGGCUGGGGUCUUUAAAGUGGGACCCCUGUGGGUGAAGGAAACUUGCCCCUUCAGGUCCAUCUCGGCCCGAAAGGUUGACAGUGGGGCCACGUGGUUUCACACUUCAGUUUGGAAGUUAAAGCUACUGCUGAUGCUGUUACUGCUUGUCCUUGGAGGGAGUGCUUCUGGUCCCUAA